CCGGAACCCGCGAAAGAGCGGAGCGGAGUUACAGGUGCUGGGAGGGUCGAGCCGACUCACUGUGCUUUACCCUUUCUUCGCCCGCAGAAGCCGGGGGCGCUCAUGGCGGGCUUGGAGGUACUGUUCGCGUCGGCGGCGCCAGCCAUCACCAGCGCGCAGGACGCGCUCGUCUGCUUCCUGCACUGGGAAGUGGUGACACACGGCUACUACGGCUUGGGCAUCGGCGACCAGCCUGGUCCCAGUGAUAAGAAAUCAGAACUGCUUCCUGCUGGGUGGAAUAAUAAUAAAGAUCUGUAUGUCCUCCGGUAUGAGUCUAAGGACGGGUCUAGAAAGCUCCUUGUGAAAGCUGUCACCGUGGAGAACAGCAUGAUCAUCAAUGUGCUGGAAUAUGGCUCACAGCAAGUGACAGACUUGACCCUGAACUUGGCCGAUUAUAUCGAUGCAGAACACCUGGGCGACUUCCACAGGACCUACAAGAACAGUGAGGAGCUUCGGUCCCGUAUUGUAGCUGGAAUCAUCACACCUAUCCAUGAGCAGUGGGACAAGGCUGAUUUAAACAGUCCCCACCGGGAGUUCCCCCCUGCCACUGCCAGAGAGGUAGACCCACUUCGGAUUCCCACACACCAACCACACACCAGCCGGCAGCCUCCCUGGCGUGAUCCCCUGGGCCCGUUUGCUGUCGGGGGAGAAGACUUAGACCCCUUUGGGUGUCGGAGAGGUGGCAUGAUUGUGGAUCCUCUGAGAUCUGGCUUCCCAAGAGCACGUAUUGACCCAUCCUCAGGGCUCCCAAACCGGCUUCCUCCAGGAGCUGUGCCCCCAGGAGCUCGCUUCGACCCCUUUGGACCCAUUGGCACUAGCCCAUCUGGACCUAACCCAGACCAUCUCCCCCCACCGGGCUACGAUGACAUGUACCUGUGAAGGCCUCAAGAAUGUAACAUCCCAGCCUUCCCUCUGCUCUCCUGGAGCUACCACCGCUUGCCCCAUCAGCAACCAUGUUCUUGCAGGUUGGGGGCCAGGGACUCUGCCCAUGUGUUUGCAAGCUGGCUGGGAUUGCCACCCUGCCCUUUAUCAGAGUCAGGGCACCUGCAGCUCUCCAUCUGGCUGCAUUUAGAUCCCUAAGAGAAAUCAGUGUGUCUCUCUCACCACCAGCUUCUGCCUACCAACUUCUCCCAAAGGAGAUUCUGGCAACAUAUACCCUCAACCCAAUGCAGUUCCAGUUGCAGCACUAUAAGAACAGAACGCAUUUUGGAUGUUAUUAUUAAGAACCAAAUGUCAAUAUAAAAUUCAUGUUGCCAGUCUACCACUUUUCUUUCUACGUUAAUACACAGCUCAUCCCAGUUAUAAGACUUUAGAGUCUGAGUUUUUGUAGGGCUAAAUUAAAUGACUCUUGCCUACCCAAGGCCCAUUCUUGCCUCUCAGGCACCUUACUUUCAUACAUUGCUGUUGCUCCUGACAUCACUAAGAUGGGUCCCAGUCUGAUGCAUGAAUGGAAAGGAGUGACUGGAAAUCCCAUAGGCUACAAGGAUGACUUUCACAAGGGCUGGCAGUUGUGGAAAGACUGUGUCAUUCUGAUGAUUGCAGAAUCCUCCAGUCGUUCCUGUUCUGGGUCAGUCCUCUGAGUCCGUCUGUGCCUGAGCAGCAGUGACCUAUAAGCAAAGGAAUGAACAGACCAAACCUGAAGGCUAAUCUCAUUUUAGCCACUAACUUACUGAGUGACCCUAAGUAAGUCUAUUCACCUCUUAGGGCCUUGUGCCCUCCUGUGAAAUUGGAGGUGUCUUCCCUGCUCUAAAACAUUCUGAUGUCUCUGUGUAUGGUAACCCCUAAAAACUGCAGCAAAAGGAAAAGAACGAGGGUUCAGAGCUUUAUGUGGUACUUACCUACCGACUCUGUUACUCUGUGUUUCUUGUCCCCCUUGGGGUCCAGACAAGUGCACAGGAGCAUGAGCUCCAUCUGAGUAUGCUGUUGAACUUCAGGAAGAGAAGGGAGCCCCAGCCUCUAGAAGCCUGUGUCUUGUCCAGGCCCGCCUGACCUUCGGUGUUUUCCAGAUCCUUUUCAGCCUCAGGCCUGACUGAUGUGGGUAGUGGUGAGCACACUUAGAUUUUCUAGUAGCAAAGAUCAAAAAGAUAGUCAUAUACAUAAUUCUGUUUUCUGAAAACAGAAAAUUUAGUGAUUCAUCUGUAGAAUCAGCCAUUUUUUGUGUGGGUCUCUUUGCAUCAAGGACAUUGAGGAACAUAGACAAUGUCUCAGAUGUUAUGUGGGGAAGUGAACGGGGUCCUAUAGAAACUUCCUAGUCAAGCUGUUGAUGCCUGUUUUGGUCUGAGCCACUUCCUUCCUCCCAGUCGUGAGUAAUCAUCCAGCAACAAGUAGGAAUGUUUCAGGUGUAUGUUUUGUGGAACCCCAAAAAUUGGAGCCUUAACAAUAAACAUCAGCACUUAAUAA